AUGGAGUUGGAUUUUGAAGUACUACGUUCCACCGUGGAAGAAGACCCGUACCUAACCACCAUAGUAAUGGCGACCAUGCUCGGCUAUCAUCAAUCGACAAUUGUAUGUGGAGUGGAUCAGCUCGGCAAGCCCUCACCUCUCUUCUUCCGACCACUGGCUGUUCAGACACCUGCAGCGCUUUCUGGACGGGAAAAGUUUGAAACAGAAGAUGAUGUCAGAAAAGUACUCGACGACUUCUUCAAGUCCCAGCCUUCGUCCUUUUGGGAGGAAAUAAUCGACAAGCCUGAGCGCUUUGGCACCGAGUAG